AGGACCUACGUGUUCGCGCACUCGCUGUCCAGCCCCUCCGACAUCAUCACCGUCAGUCUUCCGCGACCGUUGGGUGUCGUGCUGCAGUACGAUGAGCGGUUCCGGAGGGCUACCGUGGUGGAUCUGAUUGGCGGUACACCCGCUGACAAGCGGCGCAAGAACGCCGCUCUCAACCCCGCCCUAGCUCGCGACGCCGUGCUGCCCGGGGAUGUGCUGCGAGCCGUCACCGCCACAAACUUCGUUUAUCCCACCCGGGCGCUGUUUGGGGCUGCACCUCCUGAGAGGCAUAUCGUCGUGUACGGCGCUGACAAGCAGAGCUGGACGAGCAUUUGCGGCGCAUUGAAGAAAGGAGAGGCGAGGGAUGGAGAUGUGACCUUGGUGUUGGAGAGGAGGCGGCCGCGGGAGAGCCAGGAGCAGGAGCAACAGGGGCACCAACAGCCCUCAGCGCUGGAUAUCUUUACUUCGCAAACUGGGAAACGGGCAUGAGCGGAUCAUGACUUGUUUUUUGGAUGACAUAACCAGAGGAUUACUGGGAUGCUGGUAACUCUUCAGGGUGCCUGGCGGACCGUGCAUUUGGAAGUGAGGCUAAAUCUCGGCAUACACAGACAGCUGCUGGUGUAAGACGUGUGGGC